GCUUACUCAAGGUGGCACAUUAUAAAGACGAGGAGGUGAUCACUCUUGCUAUAGAGCAGGUCUGGCAGGAACGCAAGCACCUUAAGGGUCUCUCAGAGGAAGGAGAAACAUAGACUGGUUUCUUUUUAGAAGGGGAAAGGACUUUUAAGAUUUGCCACCAUGAAUGGAACAGAAGGUCCAAAUUUCUAUAUUCCCAUGUCCAACAAAACUGGAGUGGUACGAAGCCCCUUUGAAUACCCUCAGUAUUACUUGGCAGAACCAUGGAAAUAUUCCAUAUUGGCUGCUUACAUGUUCCUGUUAAUCCUUCUUGGCUUCCCUGUCAACUUCCUAACUUUAUAUGUUACUGUCCAACACAAGAAACUUAGGACACCCCUAAAUUAUAUCCUGCUCAACUUGGUUUUUGCCAAUCAUUUCAUGGUCCUCUGUGGUUUCACUGUAACCAUGUACUCCUCAAUUAAUGGUUACUUCGUUUUUGGCCAGACCGGAUGCUACGUUGAAGGCUUCUUUGCUACUCUUGGUGGUGAGUAUACAUAAACAGAAAAGGUUGCGUUUAUGAUUUACUAAUUGUUCCCUUGAGUGUCAGGGGGUUAUCAAACCAGUGCUUCUUUCACUUAUCUUGCUCUCUCUAUAUUUAGGACUUUAUUUUUUAUUUUGCAUAAAUAGAUUAAUAUACUGUUACCUUGCAAAAAAGUCACUAUUCCCUUCUUUAAAGAAAUACCAAAACAAUUUGCCUUAUAGCUUUUUAGUAUAUAUGAAGCAUUUAUGGCUUUUUUAAGGGGAAAAAUAAAAAUAUAUAAGUAGUAAAAAAAAUUACAGGAUGAAUUUAAGGGUAAAAAGACAAAGAAUAAGUUCUCUAAAUGUAUGCCUUUGUGAUUGUAGAUUAGCUUUCAAAAAGAAUACUUUGUAGUUCAUGGUUGGUAUUUUAAGUCGCCAACUUUUCAGCUUCUUCUCAGUCUGUUAGUUUGUCCUUAAACCCCCAGUUGACGUGUCAUCACGUUUUUAGGAUUACCUAAUCUCUCUUUGUUUCUCCCUGACAGGUGAAAUUGCCCUCUGGUCAUUGGUGGUCUUGGCCAUUGAAAGAUACAUGGUGGUCUGUAAACCCGUGAGUAAUUUCCGAUUUGGAGAGAAUCAUGCUAUCAUGGGAGUAGCCUUCACAUGGAUCAUGGCUCUUGCAUGUGCUGCUCCCCCUCUCUUUGGAUGGUCCAGGUAGGUUUGGAACAGAAAAAUAUAAUGAUUACAUUAGAAUUAUAAACAUUUUUGAGGCAAAAUAUUACGUUCAAUCAUGCAUCAUUGACAUAUCUCACCACGUAAUCAUAAUGAAUUAAAGGUCUACUUGGAAGAUCUCACUCAAAAUAGUGUCUUGAUCUGAAGACCAUUACUACAGCAAGAGUUAAAGAUAUUUAGCAAAAAGUUAACAAGAAUGACCUCAUGUCCUAUGUAUAGCAUAUAUGGUAUGUACUUACCAUUGAUAUAUAAAGAGGCAGAAUUAUAUUCUCAUCUUGAGAAUUAGGGCCCUUUUAUAUGCAUGGCAAUACCUUAUUGGCCUUAGCUACUGCUGAUCGACAUUGCACAUUGUGGUCUAGUUUGUUGUCUAUAACAAUUCCUAAAUCCUUCUCAUGUGUAGUUAUCCUUAAUUCACUACCGGGUAAAUUGCUUGUGCAAUUUUUACCCCAAAGUGCAGAAUUUUGCAUUUAUCUACAUUAAAUUUCACCUGACAUUUGAGUGCACAGUCCACCAAUCUAUCUACAUCCCUCUGCAGUGAAGUAAUACCCUGCUCCAGUGGUGUAUCCUGGUUUUGUGCUGCCUUAGGCAACCCCCCCAGCCUCCUUACCUUUGGAAAUGCUGGGGGGUUCUCCCUUUCCCUGGGGUCCAGUGGCUGCUGGGCUGCUGGCAUCAUAUUACGGUUCCCGGCAUCACUCUGCGGCGCGCGACGAAGUUGAGCAGAGAGCUGAGGGGAAAGUGCUCCCUCGCCUGCACCGCCUGCCCGACCAAAUUUUUAGUUAGCCACAAGGCUAACAAGACAUUUGCCCUGGGCAUUUGGGGGCUUCUUUUUUUGCCGCCCCCUGGAAAAUGCCGUCCAAGGCAAAUGCCUUGUUUGCCUUUCGGCUAAUACGUCCCUGCCCUGCUCUCAUUGUAUUACUUUACCGAGUUCUGUGUCAUCUGCAAACACUGAAACAUGACUUUCAAUCCCUAUUUAAGAUCAUUUAUACAUAUGUUAUAAUUAUAAUAAUAUGAAUAUAUAAAUAAUGUAAGUGGCCCCAGAACAGAACCCUGAGGGACACAACUUACCACUUUCACCCAGCUUAAAUAGUUACCAUUAAUGACAACUCUCUCUUUAAACCAAGCUUCUACCCAAGAACAAUAUGUUUUAUCUAGACCAAUUUAUUUUAGUUUGAAUACUAUCUAAAUACUAUCUAUCUAAUUUUGUGUAGAACUGUAUUAAAUGACUUGGCAAAAUCCAAUUAGAUUACAUCCACUGCAACACUCUGAUCUAUACUUAUACUUAGUUUGUUGUAGAAUGCAAGAUCUAUGUUUCAUAAAACCAUGCUUAUUUUUGCUAAUAACAAUGUUAUUCUCAAUAAUUCCCUGAAAAUUACCCAUUAAUAACCCUUCAAAUACUUUCCCAGCCACGGAAGUUAAGCUUAUAGGUUAAUAAUUUCCAGGCAAAGAUUUGAACCAUUUUUGAAUAUACGAACCACGUCUGCCUUUCUCCAGUCCUCCAGUAAAACUCCUGAAAAAAAAGAAUCCUGAAAGAUUAAAGACAGAGGUUCGCUUAUUUCCACACUUAGCUCCUUAAAUACUCGUGGGUGAAUACUAUCAGGCAACCAGUUGUUUAUAUUACCUUUCUUUUUUUCCCCUUAGAAUUAAUGUACUUACAUUUUUUGUUGGGUUCAAUUUGCUCUCUUUGGCUAUCACUGUCUCAUUUUCAGGUUUAGCCCAUUUAAUGACCUUUUUGCGUGCAUAAUUAGCUUAGUUAUAUCUUAUGAUAAUGCCACUGAAUUGUCUGUUUUAAAUGCUUUAAAUACUCUUUUAUUUUAUUUUAUUUUUUUCCUGGGUUACCUUCCCACUGAGCCAAAAUUGUUUCAAUUAGUAUCUUUUUUUUUUUUCACUAAAGAGUUUAUGCCAGUCAUCAAGUUGUAAACCUGCCAUUAUCUGAAAUUUUAAAAUACCCCAUGUGUAUUUGUUUUUUUUUGUUUAUUUCAAAAGACCCUAUAUUGUGAUCACUAUUUCCAAAGUGCUCCCUUACUUGAAGGUUUGUCACAAUAUCAACAUUGUUUGUUAUAACAAGAUCCAUACAAGCAUCCUUUCUACUUGGUAAUUCUACUAAUUGUGACAUAAAGGUGUUAUUAAACAGAUUUAAAAAUCUGAUUUCCCUUGCUGAACUACUAGUUCUUCUAUCCCAAUUUAUGUCUGGAUAAUUGAAAUCUCCGGUUAUUAAAGCGUUACUCAGAUGUGCAACUUUCCCAAUUUUCAUUUUGCUAUGGUAGCCUAUUUCAAGUUGUAGUCCCUUAGCCUGUUCUUUCCCAAGAAAUAAGAACCUCAUCUAAACCCUUCUCUACUGGAAUGGUCUGUGUUAAAUAUGGGGUUCUUAAGGCAGAGAAUGGGAACAAUAUCGAAAGCUAUAAGCAUUUGGUAAAAGCUGUACAUAUCCAAAGGCAAAGUUCUCCUUAAUUCAUAUUUGUUUUCCAUUUGUAAUGAAGAAUAUAUAUAAUACAUGUAAUGGGGAGGUCUAUAGGCCCAAAUGAAUUUAGAGCAUAUCUUAUACAUCAGAGAUAUCAGAUAUAAACAACAGUAUACUAUAUAGACAAUAGCAAGCUGGAUUUUCCAGGAAGUUACAGACACUUCUGGGAACAACCAUGUUUUGAGAAGCAAAAUCUCUCUCUGACCCUGUGUGUUCUUUUCUGCAGGUACAUCCCUGAGGGAAUGCAGUGCUCAUGUGGAGUCGAUUACUACACCCUUAAACCUGAAGUCAACAAUGAAUCCUUUGUCAUCUACAUGUUUGUUGUCCACUUUCUAAUUCCAUUAAUUGUCAUUUUCUUCUGCUAUGGCCGUCUGGUGUGCACUGUGAAAGAGGUAAAUAGCCUAUUACGCAGUUCACCUUAUCUUGAGAAAUAAGAUUCCACUCCUUUUCUACCUUUUUUAUCUCUAUUUUUUCCUGCUUUCCUUUUACCUCUGUCACUUUCCUUUAGUUCUACUUAUCAGUCUGUCCAUCUUUAUUUUAUUUUUUAGGCUGCAGCUCAACAGCAGGAAUCAGCCACUACUCAGAAGGCUGAGAGAGAGGUCACCAAAAUGGUGAUUAUCAUGGUAGUUGGCUUCUUGGUUUGUUGGGUCCCCUAUGCUAGCGUGGCAUUCUACAUCUUCACUCACCAGGGAGCUGACUUUGGACCGGUCUUCAUGACACUGCCUGCUUUCUUUGCCAAGAGCUCUUCAAUCUACAACCCUGUUAUCUACAUUAUUUUGAACAAACAGGUACCAUCUACAUCAAAAGCUUUAUCUCAUUUCUCAACUCUGUAACUGUAACAAUAUUAACAAUCUUUACUCUUCACCCAUUUAGUCCUUUUUCUAUUUCUUUAGCUCAUCAAUUAUUCUCCUCUUUCUUGCACCCUCUCAUCGCACAUCUGAAUAAACUAUUGUCUUUCUCUUCCAAUCCUACAUGAUCAUCCUCAUUAACCAUGAUCUGCUUCCUUGACUCCCAAAUAUGCCACUGCCCUCCAUUUUAACAAUUCAUGGUCAUUUUUGCAAACCAUCAAUUGUGCUCCCUCCUCACAAAUCCAUCACAUUUUCCUUAUUAUUGUAUUUCCUAUAAUCUUAGUCCCAAUACAAUAUGACCAACAUCCCAAUAGUAUAUCAAACCCCAAAUCCACACAUGCCUUCCUCCACAUAUCAAUUUAGAUAAAUUUUCGUCAUCUCAAUAAUAAUCCCUUCUAUCUGUCUUUUACCAUAAUUCAUAUACCUUAUUUCCAAACAUAGUUUAUAUAAUUAAUGCUCUUCCUUUAUACCAUAUUAACUAAUUAUUCCUCUAUAAUUACUCCACACCAUAUUGAGUCAGAUUAAGGAUGCCCAGGCCUAGGCUGAAUUCUAGAAGUUGUUCUUUUGCCCUCCACUUCCCCUCCUGCUUACCAUUUGGCAGUAAUGGGCUGUUAUUCCUGAUUGUCCAGUGAAGGGCCCUCUGGACUGGAUUCAUGGUGGUCCAGUGCAGGGUUAAUUGGGAAGGAGGAUCCCUGGUGGUCCAGUUGGGAGCAUUGUAGUCUGCACCAUUAUCAGGACUGACAAUUUUAAGAGCUCCCUGGAUGCAGAAUUGUCAUUGAGAUUCACCAGGGGACGGCAAGGGAUCUCUUAAAGUGAUAUGCACCCGAUAUCGGUGCACACCACAAUGCUUCCUUGAGUAGGUGAGGUGGUUCAGGGACAAGUAGUAACAAAUAGUGAGACCUCAAUCUCCCUGAUGUCUCAGAGAAGACAGCCUCAGAGCCAGAGCCAGAACUCCAGGACCAGACAGAGUGGCCCUGCGGGUCCCUCUCCUGUGAUCACUUUAGUCCAACUGACCUUUUCCUUUAUACUUGUGCUUUCUCAAUUUAAUUCUAACCCACUUAUAUCAUCCUCUUUAUGUAUCUCCAAUCCACUACUUUCUGACUCUGUGCAUGUUACGGAUAUCUUGACCUCUCCUUUCAUCCAUGUCCAUGCUAAUUACUCUCUUAGUCCCCAGCUACCAACCUUUUACCAAAAACACCCUCUACAUUACUGUCUAAUAUAACGUAGCAUUAUGGUACAUAUACUUAACUGGUUGUUUCUUUUUUCCUCCAGUUCCGUAACUGCAUGAUCACCACCCUGUGUUGUGGCAAGAAUCCCUUUGGAGAUGAUGAAACCUCAUCUGCAGCCACCUCCAAGACAGAGGCAUCUUCUGUGUCCUCCAGUCAGGUUUCUCCUGCAUAAGACCUUUACCCAGGCCUGUCUUAGGGUCCGCCGCCUCACACCCCAGCCCAAUUUUCAUUUUGUUAAGGCAGCCUAUUUCAAGGUGUAGUCCCUUAACCUGUUCUACCCCAAGAGGUAAGAACCUCAUCCAAGCCCUUCGCUGCUGGAAUGGUCUGUGUUAUACUUGGGGUCCUUGUGGCAGCGAAGGGGCACAUUAUUGAAAACUAUGAGCAUUUGGUCAAAGCUGUACAUAUCUUAUGGCAAAGUUCCCCUUAGUUCGUACAUUUGUUCCUGAAGAAUUCGAGAGGCUUUGCAGAUGUUCCAGUAGUUGGCAAUCAUUAUGGGGGAGGGGGAGGUGACACAAUUAUGCCCAUUUGUCUCUAGCCAGGUAAACAACAAUUUUACAACAGAAGGAUAUUUUUGUAAUAUAUGUUCAGAUUUUCAGUCAAUUUCCUCUGCUUCUUGGCAAUGUCUGAUAGUGAGGAUAGACAGACCCUUUGCACAGAAACCCUGUAAUAAAGAGCACUUUGCAAGUAAAAAAAAACACAAAAAAAUGAAAACGUCUUUUUUUUUUUUUUAUUAUUAUUAUUAUUAUUAUUACUAUUUAUGAUGCAUCUUUCUGGGUCCCUAUACCUUCCUAAAAGUGAAAGCCCUACACAAAGUUUGGAAGGCUUCUCAUUAGUGUUGUGUGAAACUGAUCUGGAAUCAUCUACCAAAUACCAAAGACAUUGUUCAUAGUUAAACAGAACAUCAUACAAUUUGUUUUUAUGUGUCCUCAUACGUUUCCAGAUAAAUUCUAAGGGUUUUAAAGAAGUAUGCUAUAUUUCAAAGUACCCCAAAUAAUUUCUAAAAACACCUUUACUGAUUUUCUACUGAUUUAAGAAAUCCAAAUAUUGGCACGCAGUAGUUCUGUCUGCAGAGGCAAACAGAAGUGAAAUUGUCAAAAGACUAAUUUAAUCCAAAACUACAAUUUAAAAUAAUACUUCAAACCAAUGCUUCAAAAUAACCCUUCCUCUUGUGUGCAAGUCUAAUAGAGUUCAAAUACAAAAUACUGUCAAGAAACAAUGAGCUUACACGCUAACAACUGAAGCGUGUAAUCCUAUUGAUAGAUCCAUUGGUUUCUUUUACAAUCCAUUAUGGUUAUUUUACCUCCAAAUUAAGAAACAUGCUAGUGUAUCCUGAUCUCCCCAAACUAUUUGGGGAGCAUCACAUCUUCUGAUGCAAGACUGGUUUUCAUAGCACACUAACCUGAUUGCUGCCACUCGAGAUUGUAACAUAGAAUGUUUGGCGGUGAAAGAGUUGAUUUUUGUCAUAUUUAUUAUAUCCCUACCACUGAAGUUUGAGAUGCGGCUUGUUUAACCCUGUCACUGCUAAACAAGACAACAGUACUCCCUCCACGUGCACUGCUAUAAGAAAACACCCAGUGCAUUUUUUUCCCCUUAUUGGCAGUGAAAGGGUUCACAUGUCAAUCUCAACACUGGAUGUGAAAAGUUUGUCUUAUUUGGAAAUUUGAUAUUAUUUUUUUUUUUUCAUUUUGCAAAUCUAUGCUGAGGAAAUGUAGAGAUUUUGGAAGACAACUGAUUAUAUUAACUCUUGAAAGUCCUAAAUAGAUGGGUGAGUAAAGGGGUUAGCGGAUCAGACUGACUUCUUGUACAGUCAGUCUCAGAAUCAGGACAAGACUUAUAUAAAAAAUAUCCGAUGCUCUAUCACAUUAGAUAUUUUCCCCAUAUUGGCUAUUUUGGUCUAAACAUUGCAAGUAGGUUAUUGACUUUGCACAACUCACAGUAUAGAGAAUGCACCCCCCAAAAUUAACUAAAUAGUGAUUCAAUCACAGUUUUGUACAUAUUAAAGAACAAUAUUUGGUAGGCCUGUUUGCAUUAUGUGUGUCUAUAGCUGCAUAUUCACACACACAUAUCUAUAUAACCAAAACUACUAACAAUCUGCUUAAAUAGCUCCCUUUCCCACCCAAAGGGGAAUUAAAGUAUUUUACACACAACCUUGAUUCAUAUCAGCAGGUGACAAAUAAUUGCUGCAUUCAUUCAACUCGGUGGCACUCAUUUUAAUCAACCUCAUAUGGACAUACAAAGGCAAAAUGUACCCUGAAUACAACAGAACCUGCAACCCUGAGGUUUCAAAAGGUUUUACAGUUGGCGUAUUAACCAAUUGAGCUACCUCACGUAUACAUGUGUGCAUCAUGUGCAGAAGAAAUGGACAUACAGGGACGAUGGGAUUCUGGUGUCUGUAACAGACUUUCUCCUAAGUGUAGUAAUGUAUUUUCUGUACAAUACUGUAGAUGACAUGUCCACAUAAAGAAACAUUUCCUGCUUAACUGUCUGUUUUUGUAUAUUUAUUAGGCUGUCUCGUCACAGUAUGAACUCAGAGCACUCAGUGGUGCUGGUGGUGCUGGGUGAGGG